GCCUCCCUGGCCAGCCUCCUUCCUCAUCCGGAGUGUGGAUUUACCGUUUAAAGGGUGAAGUCUUCUCCGUGUAGACUUUUCCUCUGUUCUCCUCCCACCUCUUCCCGGAGAGCGCUCUGAGCAGGAUCCCAUGGGGCAGCCGCACUUCUCGAGACCGGUAAAUCCAGGUGCUUUUGCUGAAGACGGGGAUCACGCCCCAAGUGAUGCCAGCAUGGGGGUAGAUGUUUUGGAGUCAGGUGACACCACACCUCCUACAAAGAGGAAAAGCAAGUUCUCAAGCUUUGGCAAGAUUUUCAAACCCUGGAAGUGGAGGAAAAAGAAAAGCAGUGACAAAUUCAAGGAGACUUCAGAAGUUUUAGAACGAAAGAUUUCUAUGCGAAAGCCAAGAGAGGAGCUGGUAAAAAGAGGGGUUCUGUUGGAAGAGCCUGAGCAGGAUGGUGAAGAGCCAGAGAAGCUGAACCCGCCUGCGCUGAAGAAUGGCCACACUGUCCCUAUUGGGGGCCCUGGGGUCUGUAACCUGCCCAACCAGGAGGAAGAGGCCACAAAGCCACCCAGCCUUAGGAAGCCUGUUCCAGUGGAGGAGCCAAAGAAGAGGCAGGGCUCCUCCAGCAGCCACCCUGGGCCUGAACUGGAACCACCUCAGGAGCCACAUGUUCCCAGACAACCUCUUCUUCCUCCAAAAAGACCUCCCUCCAUUUCCCAGGAGGCAAACGAAGUACAGGCAAGGGAUCCAAUACCUGCCAGCAGCACUGCAAAAACUGCCCCCUUCAGCACAGCCCCCACGGCAGCAAAGACAGUCAAUUCCACAGCUGCCCCUUGCCCAGCCCCCAGGACUCUGCUCCCUGCUCCUGCCAGUGCCAACACUUCUGCUCCCACCAGUACAACCAGCACAGCUGCUGCCAAACAGCCUCCCGUUCCUCCUCCCAAACCUGCCAACAGAAACAGCAACUCACUCAUAGCUGAACUUUCCCAAGUAAUGACUGGUGGUACAGCCUUGUCCAAGCCUUCCCCUCCUCUCCCUCCAAAGAGAGGCCUCCUGCCUAACAACACGUCAGAGGCUGUCACCUCUAAGCCCCCAAAUGACAGGACAGUGCCAGGGAGCCGCCCUGCACCAGCCCCAGUGCACGUGACCUCAGCUUAUCCACCACCUUCGCCCUCGCCGCCGCUGCCCACCCAUGUGCCCCCUGAACCUCCACGCGUGGCCCUGCCCACCUCCACCCCUGUCCCGGACCCACCGUGCUCCCUGGACCUGCCCAAGGAGAUUCCUCCUCCUCCUCUUCCUGAAGACUUCAGGUCCAUGGAGGCGUCGAAGAGGACAGCAGAACAAGGCUUUGGUGAACCCCACGUGCUGCCUCGCCUGCCCCAAAUCCCACUGCACAUUCGUAUCCAGCAGGCUCUGGCCAGCCCUCUGCCUGUCACCCCACCUCCCGAGGGGUCCCACAGGGCUCACUCGUUGCUCUUUGAGAACGAUGGUUUUGGAGAAGAUAGUGGCACCCUGGGCAGGACAAGAUCCCUGCCUGUCACCAUUGAGAUGCUCAAAGUUCCAGACGAUGAGGAAGAGGAAGAUGAUGACCAGGAAGAGGAACAGAAUUCAGGUCCUCGUGUGUAUAUUGGAGAUGUGCCAUCUGUCACAGUCAUCCCCACACUGGUACCCCAGGUCCUCCCGGAGGAGCAGGAAGGAGACGAAGGGAUGAGCGACUCUGACUCGGAGGGGCCCAUCCUGUAUAAAGAUGAUGAGGAUGAGGAAGAAGAUGAAAGCCAUAACAGCACGCUGGCCAACAAAGUGAAGAGGAAAGAUACGCUUGCUAUAAAGCUGGGGAACACCACUGCACCACAGGAGGAGAAGAGCAUCUUCCCUCGGAAGAGCAAGGAGGAGUGGAACGAAAUCCGUCACCAGAUUGGGACAACCCUGAUCAGGCGACUGAGUCAGAGACCAACUGCAGAAGAACUGGAACAGAGGAACAUUCUUCAGCCGAAAAAUGAAGCUGACCGUCAAGCUGAGAAGCGGGAGAUCAAGCGCCGGCUCACCAGAAAGCUUAGCCAAAGGCCUACAGUGGCAGAGCUGCAGGCCAGGAAGAUCCUGAGGUUUAAUGAAUAUGUGGAAGUAACAGAUGCUCAAGACUAUGACCGGCGAGCAGAUAAGCCAUGGACAAAGCUGACUCCAGCUGACAAGGCAGCCAUCAGGAAGGAGCUGAAUGAGUUUAAGAGCUGUGAAAUGGAAGUCCACGAGGAGAGCAAGCAGUUCACGAGAUACCAUCGACCAUAAUAUUCCAAGGAGGGAGCAAGAAACCCGCGAGGGCUGGAAGUUCUCUGCGUCCCUCUCCCAGGCAAUACAGUGAGGAUGGAACCUCAGCUCUUCCAAGAUUUGCCUUCCAAACAUAUCCGGAAAAGGGCUUUUGGCCAGGGAAGGGGAAUCCUGUCUGAAUGUAGCAUUUCACUGGAACAAACACAUCUCUCAUGCCAUCAGGCUGGAAGUGACACUAUACCUCGUGUGGCUCAGCAAUACGACUCUGCCAGGAGACCGUGCCCAGGGGAGCGACCCCUUCCUCCCCAAGCUGCACAGACUUGUCUUGGGGAGUGCAAUUCCUCAUUUCCUUCUCCUUUCCUUCAGGAAGGGAGAUUAAAAACAAAGGCAGCUCUGAUGUUGGGAAGCUGAGGAGAGCAUGUGCUCAGAAGCAAAUGUGUGUAUAUUAGCUGUGUACAGAGAACCCUGGCAGACAACUGACGUGGCACUCGCUAUGUUUUGGGGGUUUUGCUUUUUUGUCAUGUCCUUAAUGCCCUGAAUCACUACUGACCAACGGUUUGUUGUCCUGGAAGGGAAUUGUGUAGAUAUUAACAUAUGCUGCGUCUUUUUGUUAAAAAAAAAAAAAAAAAGGAAAAAAAACCCCACC